GAAGAUGGCGGAGUAGCCGCGGCCGGCGUGGCUUGCGCUCCGUGUGCCGCGUCCGCGGGCAGCAGCCGGGUGGAUCCCCGCGCCGCAGCGGGCCGCGGUGCGAGGCGGAGCGGGGCGCAGGAGGAGGAGGAGGAGGAGGAGGAGAGGAAGAGGAGGGAGGUGGAGGAGAAGGGAAAGGAGGAGGGCAGCGCCCCCCCCGCAGCCGCCGCCGCCGCCAUGCCCAACAUCAAGAUCUUCAGCGGGAGCUCGCACCAGGACCUGUCGCAGAAGAUCGCCGACCGCCUGGGCCUGGAGCUGGGCAAGGUGGUCACCAAGAAGUUCAGCAACCAGGAGACAUGCGUGGAAAUAGGCGAGAGCGUACGUGGGGAGGACGUCUACAUUGUGCAGAGUGGCUGUGGUGAAAUCAAUGACAAUCUGAUGGAGCUUCUUAUCAUGAUAAAUGCCUGUAAGAUCGCCUCAGCCAGCAGAGUCACAGCUGUCAUACCCUGCUUCCCUUAUGCUCGGCAGGACAAAAAGGACAAGAGCCGAGCUCCCAUCUCUGCCAAGCUGGUUGCAAACAUGCUGUCUGUGGCAGGUGCAGAUCACAUAAUCACCAUGGACCUGCAUGCAUCUCAGAUUCAGGGCUUUUUUGAUAUCCCUGUUGAUAACUUGUACGCUGAGCCUGCUGUACUGAAAUGGAUCAAAGAGAACAUCCCGGAGUGGAAGAACUGCACCAUUGUCUCACCAGAUGCUGGUGGAGCCAAGAGAGUGACCUCCAUUGCAGAUCGGUUGAAUGUAGACUUCGCCCUCAUUCACAAGGAGCGCAAGAAGGCCAACGAGGUGGACCGCAUGGUGCUGGUGGGUGAUGUGAAGGACAGAGUGGCCAUUCUGGUAGAUGACAUGGCAGACACGUGUGGCACCAUCUGUCAUGCUGCAGACAAGCUUGUGUCAGCUGGAGCCACCAAAGUGUAUGCCAUCUUAACUCAUGGUAUCUUUUCUGGGCCAGCAAUAUCUCGGAUCAACAACGCCUGUUUUGAGGCAGUUGUAGUCACAAACACAAUACCCCAGGAGGACAAGAUGAAGCAGUGCCCUAAAAUCCAGGUGAUUGACAUCUCAAUGAUCCUCGCGGAGGCCAUCAGGAGGACUCAUAAUGGGGAAUCUGUCUCCUACCUAUUCAGCCAUGUCCCUUUAUAACAACAGAUGCCAGCUGCUGCUUGUAUGGCUUUUUUUUAAACCAAAAGUUGUUCAGCUUGUUGUAAAGUUCAGUAGAAGACUCUGCUUGUUCCAGUGCAGUUCUCCACAGCUCCUCCUGCUUAAGUCAGGCUUACUGGCUCUGACCCCAACACGGGGAGGCUGGGGGGGAAGCUCAUCUCUGUAACACUCCAACUCCACCAGCAACCCUGUGCAUUGGGGCUCGUCAGUAGCGUUGACUCAAUACUGCAGAUCUGUGGAGAGCAGGACUGACACAUGGCUAAUUGCCACAAUUAUUUUUUUUGGGGGGUGGGGGGGAGAGGGUUUGUCUGUGAGCAGGGUUAGGUAAGCACACCCUGAAUUGUUUGGGAAGUAGAUCUCCCUAGGACAUGUUGGUUUGGAUCUACAGCAAGAGCCCAAGAGACUGCUUUGACUCUUACCACUCUACACGUGACAGAAGCCCUUGAAGAGGGACGAGGAAGGCUUGUGUCUUGGCCAAGCUUGACCCUAGGUGGAGCCCUGGGGACACCUGGAAGGUGGUUCUGCUACAGCUUCCUCCUUCAAAAUGAAAGGAGGUGAGUGUAGCUUGUGAACUUGAGUUCAUCUUAAUUGAUGAAGAAAUGAAAUGUUCUUUAACAUGCUACACGGCAAAAUGGUGAGAGCCUGGUGUGUGCAGUGCUGUCUUGCUGCGUUACCUUAGUGGUGAAGGUGCAUCCUGGGCAGGUGUUCUUCUCCCUCUUACGCUGAGGAUGCCUGGUGGUUGUGGGCUUUAGUUUUUAGGGUAGACUAAAACCAGUUCCUCAAUUUCACAAGUUCCCAUUAGCCUUGCUCGUGACUAAAGGACUGCUGUCAUGUACUUUAUAGCUGCACCUUGAUGUGCUGUGCAAAUGUACCUUGAUCCUUUUUUACCAGUAUACCAGUGAACUGAGCCUCUUCACCCCACAGAAGCCUGGCGUUGCGUUUAGCAAGUGCCUGCCUAGAUGCUAGGGUGACCGAAUAGGCAACAGCUUUGUGCUCAGCUCUCUUAAGCUCUGCCUGCAAUCCUGCUGUCCCACAAGUUACUGAUGCGCUGGUUGCUUGUCCUGGUCACUAAUUACUUGCCUUGUGUGCAUUGCUCUUUGUAAAAGAUCCUAAACCUGGGAGGAUGGGAGGCUGCAGGACUACAGGGCCUGAAGAAGCCCUCAGGGUUGCUCUGAUGCUGUGGAGUGCUUAUGGCAGUGGGUUGAAGAGGCUUGUGAUACACAGUACUGGGAAAACUGCUGAUCUAAAACCAAUCUGGCAGGCAGCAAAAUGCCUGAAAGAGAAAUACCAAAACUAGAGCUGGCUGAGGCUCUUGGAUGUAAAAAUAAGGCUCAUCCAAAAAUUGGAUGCGUAGUAGCUGUACCAGACAAUCUUAAAGUAAACUGCUAAAUCUCUCCUGGACUCUUACGGCGUUACAGACCGAGCUGUUUUAUGCUGUGGUUUUUAUAAGCACUCCUCUGAUUUAUUUGUGAGAUGGGGAAGGGAAAAAGGGAACAGAAGGAACUUGAAAUAGCUUGCUAGGGUAACUAGCAAGGCGCCGAGAGGCUGGGGGCUGGGAUGUCAGUGGGAUUAACUGAAAAAUGUGGGUAAGACCUAGGGAAGUACUUCUUUAGCUGUGCCUUUUCAUGAAGACUUCUCCCCUCUCCCUUCCUACAUACCCUGUCCUGUGGCAAUGUUAACACUUCUAUUACAGUGUAGGGUUUUUCUUUUGUAUAAGAAUUGGUGUUUGUCUGGAAAGUGUGUGUCUCUUGCUUCUUUGCUUUGCAUCCUGCACUGAGCUCUCCUGAGUCUGAUUCCUGCCUCCUCCUUUGGAGCCCCUGCUGCCACACUGCCAAUGCCCCGAGAGCCAAGAGCCAGGACAUCAGAGCAGCGGUGUGAGGAUUUACAGCAGCAUUUGUGUUUAAACUUAAGACCUGAUGAAGGAAUUAAACUUUUAUUUAAAAACCAC